ACUAGUUCACCGGUUCACUAGUUCGCGCGGCGACUGUUUGUGUUUGUAUUGCCGUCGUCGUUGCAUUUUGUCUCCGUUAUUGUUUGAAAAGUAUAGUGACUUUUGUGUUUUUUGUCGCACAGAAAAAUGUCAGAACAAAUGUCCGCUCAAGAUGUAAAUACCCAAAAGACUGGGUCACCUGAGAACCACAAGCGAAGGGAUUACCUGCACUGGGAUGACUACUUUAUGGCCACCUCCUUGCUAUCCGCAAAACGAAGCAAGGAUCCCGUGACCCAAGUGGGUGCCUGCAUCGUGGACUCACAAAACCGGAUAGUGGCCAUUGGCUACAAUGGAUUCCCUCGAAACUGCAGCGACGACGAGUUUCCGUGGUCGAAAGCCCAGAAGGGAGCACAGGACUUCAACCCACUGGAGGACAAGAAGAUGUACGUGGUCCAUGCAGAGGCUAAUGCGAUCCUCAAUAGCAACGGAAUGAGAUUGACUGGAACGCGUCUUUAUACCACACUAUUUCCCUGCAACGAAUGCGCUAAACUUAUUAUACAGGUGGGGAUCUCUCAGGUUCUCUAUUUAUCCGACAAGUAUGCAGAAAAACCCAAAUACCGGGCUUCCAAGCGGAUGUUGGAUGCAGUGGGCGUGGCCCACAAACGACACCUUCCCCAGCAAAAAAAGAUCAUCAUUGAUUUUGAAAACUUCCUGGAAGAAGAUCCAAACUCAUCGCUGGGCUUAAACGACCUUCACUUAAAAUAAAUUAAAACAAUUUUUGACUUUAUUUAUAUAAUUUAUUUAAAAGUUGUAAUUUUUAAAGUCAAAGUGACGCUGUUGCUUUAAGCAACUUAUACAAAUCUUGAUUAAAACAAGCGAAUUGAUUUUUAAAUUAUUCAUGCAUAUCUGUUAAGGAAACUAAUUUAAUUAAAAAAUUAAAUAAAAUAGCUUAAAAAACUAAAAAAACAGCAGCUUAAAACAUCAUUUGUUUCGCCCGCAACCACACAAAAAAAUGUCUAACUACUUUACGCAAUGAUUUAGUUAGUUUCAUUUUAACUUUGUAUAUUUAAAGCUAAAUGUUUCAUAUUUAUAUUGCGAUUUUUGUGACUAGUGCAAUAUUUAUAAGAUCGCAUGGUAGCACAAAGAUAGUUCAAACAGAAAUAA